GUACGUCGUGACGUCAGACGCGCAGUCUUCUCUGGCCGUCGCUUGGACAGUUUGGCCAAAGUCGCCUUCCUAUCUCACAGCACCAGCACAGUCCCUACAAGACAAAUUAUUCUUAAAAUGGGCAACUGUCAACCUACCAUUGUGCCCUAUGAGGACUUUGAUGUCGUGGCAGACAUCAAGGCUAUCCGGAAAGCUUGCAAAGGGCUGGGCACGGAUGAGCAGGCUAUCAUUGACAUCCUGGCCUACCGCAGCUCAGCCCAGAGGCAGCAAAUUAAACAGGCCUACUUUGACAAAUAUGAUGAUGAGCUGGUGGAUGUGUUGAAGAGCGAGCUGUCUGGAAACUUUGAAAAGGCUAUCUUGGCAAUGCUGGAUCCACCUGUCAUCUAUGCUGUGAAGGAGCUUCGCAAGGCCAUGAAGGGAGCCGGCACAGAUGAGGAUGUCCUGGUGGAGAUCCUCUGUACUGCCACCAAUGAUGACAUUGCCAUGUUCAAGGAAUGCUACUUCCAAGUCCAUGAACGUGAUCUGGAGGCCGACAUUGAGGGAGACACCAGCGGCGACGUUCGUAACCUCCUAAUGGCACUGCUGCAGGGAAACAGAGAUGAAACAUACGAGGUGGAUGAGGAACUGGCAGAGCAAGAUGCCACUGCACUUUUUGAGGCUGGUGAGGGGUGUUUUGGGACAGAUGAGUCCACUUUCAGCUAUGUUCUGGCUAUGAGAAACUACCUCCAACUCCAGGCCACAUUUAAAAUAUAUGAGCAGCUGUCUGGAACUGAGAUUUUGGAUGCCAUUGAGAAUGAAACUUCUGGGACUCUGAAGAAAUGUUAUAAAGCCCUUGUGAGAGUUGCUAAGAACCCACAGCUGUACUUUGCCAGACGACUGCAUGAUGCCAUGAAAGGAGCAGGCACUGACGAAGACACACUCAUCCGUAUCAUUGUGACUCGCUCUGAGUAUGACCUGGAGACCAUCAAAGACAUGUAUCUGGAGAAGUAUGAUGUGUCGCUGAAGGAUGCCCUAAAGGAUGAGUGCAGCGGUGACUUCAAACGCCUCCUACUGGCCAUCUGUCACUGAACAUGUUACACCCUAUACAAUAUGGUCUAACGUGAGAAUCAGAAUACUUGUUUAACAGUAGCAAUGUGUAGGGCUGAUUAAUGUGUGAUAAUUGUCUGUUAUUUUAACUGUAUUGUCUUUUUAUUUUAUUUGUACUUUUUAUGACAAAUUCACCUCAAUCUGGUUGCCUGCUGCCUUACAUGGGGCUCAGAUUUUUAACUUUUUUUAACAACUUUGUUAUUUUUUUAAUGAACAAAUUUUAAUAAUGUCAUAGCACUGCUACUGAUGCAAGUAAAUGUGAACAGGUGAUUUAGUUUGGCCACACUGUCAGCAGACAACAACAUUUUGCUUAUAUUGAUUCAGUUAUUUAGUCACUGCAUAGGCUACCAUUAAUGCUGGAAGCUUAUUUAUUAUAUUUGAUGUUACAACUGCUACUGUACCUUUGGUCAUUUUCUUUUACAACCCAGUGAGUAUUGUCUUCUGCUGUACAACUAAUGCAAUCACUCUGUAAGGCUGUAAUACUAAGUGAGAUGAAGGCAGAUAGUAAGUUAUAUGAAAAAAGUAAGUUUGGAAUAGUGAAAGUAAUGAAAUGUUAUGCAAAUUGUUGCCUCACAGUUGCACAUGGAAGAUUAUAUAUUUAGUUACAUGAAGUCUACAUCAAAAAUGUGUAUUUACUUACUAUAUUUUUCUUAUACUUUUACUAGUAAACUACUACAUAGCUUAUGGUUUACUGCUACUUAAUUACAAUGGUAUUAUUGUUAAUGAGUCAGAGUCUAACAAUCGGUUGUGUGUUAAAUGACAAUGGCAUUUUAAAUUAGCUUAUGUUUGUGCUGAUAAGUCAAUCAGCUGAAAUAUUAGAUUUAAUACCACUUCUGCAAAUACUGUCAAUGAUUAAUGGCAUUGAACAUUAAAACUUGAACUUUGUUGCCUCUGUAGCCAAAGAUAUUUAGAGUAGCUGCUAAUAAAGUAUAUUGUAACAGCUGAA